AUGGCAAAGAGCACAUGGUUUCUUCUAGUUUCUCUUCUUGUUGUCUCUGCUGCAGCUGCUACUCAGAUCAAAGUUACUGAUAAUCCUGCGGAUGAGUUAGUGAGUGUGAUUAACAGCAACAGAACUGCACAUAAGGCUUCGACCCUCUAUGACAACCCUGGCUUGGCCUGCAUUGCCCUGCAGUACAUAAAAGCAUACCAAGGUGACUGUAGUGCUGUAGGAGGAUCUGACGCCAAGAAGCCCCCUGAAUCUGAAUUUGCCGAAACUUUUGCCCCCAAUUGCGGUGUUCUAGCCUCAACCCUCACUCCAAUUACCGGUCGUUUACUUGGCUGCCAGUCCAAAUAUGUGCCUCCUUCUGAUGCAUUUUCAAAAAUCUUGAUUGAAAACAGCAAGAGCUUAGAAAUUCUCUACAACAAGAACCACACUGAAGUGGGAGCUGCUGUGAGUGGCAGUGAUAGAGGGUCUCCAUAUUUCUGGUGUGUGUUGUUCAGCAGUGGCAAGACUAACAGCAGCUUUGCAACAGAGAGAGGCGGGCCUAAAAUAACAAGACCCGGAUGCUUUAGUGGUGCUGAUGACGAGUGCAGUGGUGCCGAAGAUCGAUCUAGAAGCAGUCAUAUGUGGUCAUUUUUCACCGCAGCUCUGAUUGCAAUGUGGUAUGCCUUUGGAUUGUGA